CGCAUGCGCAGGAGGGCGGCGCCGGGCGCGGGUCGCCGGUUUAACCCGGCGGGUCCCUGGACCGGGGAGAAACGCACCGAAAAGGGGCAAACUGACCCCAAAAAAGCAGGUUUGGGUGAAAAACAAACAAAAAAAACAGCGAGUCUCUGCUAAAGCAGCAGACUUGUAAAAAUCCGGGUGAUUUCUUCCCCUCCGCCGCCAGCAGCAGGUUUGCAAAAGAACUCCCAGCAACUUCCCGAAAAAGCAGCUGAUUUGGAAGAAAAGCAGCAAGUUUCUGAAAAAACAGCAAAUUUGCGAAGGAAAGCCAGGAAGUUUAUGAAGAGGCGGUGGAGUUGGGAGGAAAAAAAAAAAAAAAAAAAAACAACAAGUUCCCGAAAAAGGAGUGGUUUUCCAAAGGGAAAAUAAGGCGAAUUUUUUCCACACCGCCAUCGGUGAGCAAGCGUUAUCCCAACAGUUUUGCUGCUGGACACCGACAAACACCCCGGAGCUGAGCCAUGGCUGCGCGGCGCUGGCCGGGGCUGCCCCCUGGGAAUUUUUCUGACUGUCCCAACAGCUCCCGCUGGGUGAUGGACGUGUUCAACGAAUGCGCCCGGGACGGCCGGGACGUCGCCAGCGUCGUCCUGGGUCUGAUUUCCAUCUUCUGUUUUGCGGCUGCUUCUUUUCCGCAGUUUUACCAAGCCUGCAAAACAGGCGUCAUGGACCAGGCUCUCUCCAUAUAUUUCCUGCUGGGCUGGCUGGGCGGAGACCUCCUGAACCUCAUCGGUUCCUCCCUGGCCAACCAGUUGCCCCUGCAGAUUUACACAGCCGUUUACUACGUGAUCGCAGACCUGGUGAUGCUGUCUCUCUACUGCUACUACAAAGUGAAGAACUGCGGCGGAGGGCUCGCUGCCCCCAUCAACGCAGCCUUCGUCUUCUUUUCCCUGUGGACGGCGUCAACCGUCUCCUUCCUGGGCAGAGGUGCUGCCGUGGCGCAGGACCCGGCGACGUUUAAAGGGAGGUCUCUGCUGUCUGCUCACGUGGAUGGGCUUGGGUCGAAGCCGUUCACCAGGAAAGAGAUCCUUGGCUUCACCAUCGGCUCCAUCUCCUCCGUGCUGUACCUGGGCUCCCGAAUCCCCCAGAUCUACACUAACUACAAGAGGAGAUCCACCGUGGGCGUCUCCUACUCCCUCUUUGCCCUGGUGAUGCUGGGGAACUCGCUCUACGGCAUCAGCGUCCUCCUGAAAAACCCCGAGCCGGGGCAAGGCAAAGGCGACUACGUCCUGCACCACCUCCCCUGGCUGGUGGGCAGCCUGGGCGUCCUUUUCCUUGACAUGGUUAUCUCCCUCCAGUUCUUCCUUUAUCGGAAAAGACCUGAUACUCCUGAAGAGAGGGAUCCUCUUCUCGGCGAGCAGGGUGAGAGCUUGGAGAGCUGAUGAAGGGACCUGCCCUGGAGUGAGAACAGGAUGAUGCAGAUGAGAAAUCUGGCCUUAAUGCCGGGCAAAUCGGCCCUGCCAUCCUGGUGGCUCCUGGGAGAAGAGGAUCCGCUGCCAAGAGGCUGAGCCCAGCCGGGCAGCCGAGGGUGCUGGUGAGAGACCUCGUGCCUCUUCGAUACCAGUGAUGCCUUUGGGAUAAACAGGGGAUUAUUUGAUACCUCAAAAGGUCACUCUUCGCUGCUCUUACGCCCCGCAGCCGAGCCCCUUCUCUUCUGCUUUACCUGCUGUCUCUCGGGGGUGAUCUGGAGCUUCCCCAGUACUGGGAAAUGGGGGAAGAGCCUAAGGGGCUGUGGGGGGGACACAGAGAUGACCGACCUGCUGUGAACACGAGCAGCCCUUACCUCUGUGAGCCUCACGUCUCCACCGCUGAUCUCUUUCUGGAAGAUACGGCAGUGACUGGAACCCGUUCAGAAGGAAGGAGCAGCGUCACCAAAGUGUUUCAGUCCACGCACGCCUAUUUUAAUUAGCACGACUCACACGUCUAUAAAACAAGCCUGUGCCCCACGUGCCUCCUUUGGUUUUGUUUUGCCUGGCAGCUCCUGCCUCUUUCUUAAUGCAUCUCCUAGUCCCCAUUCCUCAGACUUCUCCUUUUUUGCUUCACUCCCCUUUCAAUUGCAUGGAUUUCUUGGGGAAGUUGCUCCAUCACUUUCUGGUUACCUGCGGGGACGGUUAAGCAGGCAGAAGAUGCUGUCUCUCUGCUCGGUCUGGUUUAUCGGUCCUGCCCUCUCUCGUUGAUGAAUUUAUCCCUCUCUUGGGGCCCUGCACGCCAGCACGGCGGCUCCCGGAUGGCAGAGGGACUGGAAGCAGCAGCGGUUUGGGAGAAGCCCCGUCCCCGGCAGGAGAGCUGCUCUCGGGUGGGCAGGGGGAGCCUCAGCCCGGCCCCGUGGGCUCCUUCCCCUGGGCUGAGCUGUCUCUGCUGGGGCGGAAAACCAACCAAGAAAGGCUCACACAACUUAUCCUUCUAAAAACGAGAACUUUCCUUUUCCUGCAGUCAGUCUUGGCUGGUUUUGCUCCCCUUUUUUCCCCCUCCAGGUCCUUUCCUGACACCCAACACUUCCCCGCUGCCCACCCGCCCAGCACCCCGCUCCGUGCCCCUUUUGGCUUUAGCCGUAUUAUCACUAAUUUAAGGUUCCUCAGCCAGUCCCAUGACGUUUGGCCUUGCGCGCAGUUGGAGCUGAGCCCUUUGUUUUUAGAAAUCCACUAUUUUUUUCAGGUUCUUUGACCCCUCUGGUCAGCUGGGGGCUUUUUCACUCCAUUAAUUCACAGUUCUCUGGGUCAGUGGGGCUGCUCACCUCUUCCCCAUCCUUAACCCGGCAGGAUUUCCGCUGCUGCCUUUCCCUAGGAAUUGCAGCAAAACAAUUCACAUCCAGUACUACUACAAACCACAAGCAGAUUCCUAGCGAGACAGGAGGCACAGCUUCGUUACACCUCAAUACCUAUUCGUUACCGAUAAAAACCCAGGGGCUUGAUUUAAUUAAAGGGGUGGUUUUUAACCUCGGCUCAUGUUGGCUAGCUCAGCCCUGGCGUGCCGGGGAAGGCACAGUUGGUUUACUGAGAGCUGGAUUUACACAGCUGACCUACGGCCGGGGGAUAGGGUGGGAUUCAGCACCCCUACCUUGCAGAAACAAAGAGCAAGCCUCAUCUCUGCCGUUCACAACACUAAAUAAUUGCCACGUACUGACUAACCAAGGGCUUUUCUUAAAGCUAGACAAAGAGGCUCUGACAUAAGCAGGUAAAAAUAUAUAUAACAUAGAGUCUGUUCCCACAGGUGUAUGCAAAGCACAGAUAAAGUCGAGUCCAUUUACUGAUUUUUUUGCUCGGGUAAGGUGAGGCAAGGCAAGCAGCUGCAUUUGGCAGAUGGAGUUUACACACCAGCAGCCAUCGAGCUGGCGGUGGAUGGAAAUUCGUGUUGCAAAGAGGCUCUCGCUGAGGUCCUCAUCCCUCUGACCUCAGUGCAGCCCUGUCCCCAAGAGCUUGCCAUUUAAGAUACCGCAGGGGCAAGUGUUAAACCGGGAAAGGCACGGGCCAGAAACCACUUGGCCCAAAGCACUAAACGUAACUCAGUGGUAGGCUCGGGGCUGCAGCAGCCAAGCCAGAGCUGGAGGUUCGUACCCGAGCCAUCGGGUGGCAGCAUUUUGAGAAGAGAAAGAGGAAUAAACGGGCUGGAGCUGCACCGAUCCGGCAGCUCGCUCGGCGGGAAGGGCACAGCCCUGCGCACCAGCAGCGAGGGCGGCUCCACAUGCCCCAAAAUCUGAGAGGAGACGUUUCCAUUUUUGGCUCAUGUGCACCAAGAUGGCUUUGGAGAAGGAAAACAGCUCUCCCCGCCCCCCCCCCCCCCCAAAAAAAAAAAAAAAAAGCCCAAAUAACUUUAGCACGCGACCGUUGGAAACAGGCAAGAGGAACCAGGAGCCUCCCCCCUCCUGGGCUGACACGCUGCUUUCCGAGCUUCAAGAGUUCAUGCAAACCCAUCUCCAACUUCAAAAAAAGGUUUUUCCUAGGACAGAUCCAAGAAGCAACGAUGACAAAAAGCUGAACGUGCUCCCCUUGGGCUCCCAGCCCUGAGGCACGUGUGCUGCUUUCCCCAGCCCGCGUCCCGCGCGAGCCGCGUUACGGACGGGAGGCCCCCGGGCAAACGCUCUGGCACGGGACCGUAAUCACCUGCAGAUGUCUGGAUGUGAAACAGGUCACAUUAAAAAAGCAAAAUUAGAGCGUGUUAAUCAAUAUUAAUGCCAACAGUCUCCAUUUGCACAGGUUCACCCAAAGGCCAACUCCAACGGCCACGUGCAGGAAGAGCCCGGCAGGUAUUUGCUUUCUCAAUUGUGCCAGGGUUGAGCUUGUUACAACCAAAGCACAGGACCUGACGCUGUGCAAGGACCCUCUGAGCACCAAGGGCUUAAAGACGGGGAUAGUCUGGAUGAAGUCCACAAAUCCCCCAGGGAGCAGGCAGAGGAGCUGCGGGGCGAGCAUCGCCGGCUGGACCCCCCCGCCUCAAACUGCCAAGCGAACCGAAACGUCGCCGCUCUGCCCACCGGAGUGUUUUAACACACAGGUGCCCCCCCAGACUCUUUUUUUUAACACGGCCAGGACCGCUGGGCUGAGCCUUCUCCUCUGAGCACAUCCACCCGCCAGCGCAGCCGCCUGCCGCUCCACCUCCGCGGAGCAGCCGCACAGCACACCCCCCUUCAGAAAAGUUUCUGCUAAUCUGGAUCUGACAAGAAAAAAAAAAAAAAAACAAAAACAACAAAACACACCCCAACUUUCUUGCUUUCUGUGGCCACAGAGUCCAGCAGCCCUUUGGGUCAGGCGUGUGCUCGGCCUUUGCCUUUGUUUUCAAGCGCCCGCCUGUGCUCCCAGGGGCACCGAGGGAAGGGUGCUCAGCACAAACCCCGAGACACUGCACAGGAGGAAGGAGAAAGGACACCACCAACUGCACACACUGCUUCCUGGGAUUAUUUUUUUUUAUUUUUAUUUUUUUCUUUUAUUCUUUUUUUACUUUUUUUUUUUUUGUUUAAGUAUGGAGGCUCAAGUAUCAGAUGUAGAGUCAAUUUAAGCUUUACAAAAAACAAAAUCAAAACAAAAACCCCUUUUGCAUUCCAUAAAAAUUGACAGAAAAGCGCCUUGGAACCAGGCUAUAGAAGAGCAGAACUUUCAGCAGGUCUCCUAAUCAAUGUCUCCUUGCAAAUCUGGUUUAGUCAGUAUAGUACAACACUGAGGAAACACCCUCUCUUCCCUCCCUCCCGCCAGCCGUCCCCUGUGCCCAGCCCCCAAACAUACGUGGAAUAGAUUUAUUUUUUUUCUUUUUUCCAGUUCUUCCUCUUUCACACACCACAGUAUUUAAUAAAUUUUUGUUUUACAUUUUUUACACCAAUGUAACAAAAGGCAGGAGAAGGUGGGGAGGAAAAGACAAACAAUGAUCUGUGUUGAUGCAUAUAAAUGGGGGGGGGUGGACAAGGGAGGGGAAAAAAAUACAUGGACUUCUACAGAAACGUAGCCUAAGGUCUCAAUA